AUGAACACGCUCCCCUUUUGCCCACUGGUCACUUACAGUGGCCAGGUGGGUACCAACACGAUCACGGCCGAACCCGACGGUCUUGCCACACACCGCGCUGCCUGGGUCGCCCUGUGCCCGCCAUCCUCGCACCACCUGUUCGACACCAAGACGUUUGCCGACGGCCAGCUGGAGAAGGCGCGCAAGGCAAACGACUACCAGCUGCUUCAGCAGCUCGAGGACCUGCGCGCUGAAUUUGACACCCUCAUGCUCAAUGUCGGUAUGUGCCUCUUUGUCCAGCUCGGCCAGGGUGGAUAUAACAAAUUCCCUGCUGGCGAGAUUGUGGCGAAUUGGCCUCUGGCGUUGAACCUGUGGGGACAGGACGCCAAGGACGAGCUCACCGAGGUCUUCCGCACUGCGACGGAGGCGGACAAGAACCGUCCGACGUCACUGAAUGCAAACGUGAGUACCGCCAAACCAGACGGUCUUGCCACCCACCGCGCUGCCUGGGUCGCCCUUUGCCCCGCCUCCUCGCACCACCUGCUGGUGACAAAAACCUUUGCAGACGGCAAACUUGAACAAGCGCGCGACAAAGGCGACGACGCCUUGGUCGCCAAAAUUGAGCAGGACCGUGACGAGUUUGAACAGCUGAUGCUCAACACGCCAAAGGUCCUCUUCGUCGAGCUUGGUUAUGGCGGCUACAACCGCUUCAAGCAAGGAGAGAUCAUUGCCAACUGGCCUCUGGCGAUCGACCUCUGGGGCGAGGAGGUCAAGAAGCUCCUUGUUGGCAUCCACGCCUCGGCCACCGACGCGGCGAAGAUGCGCCCGGACUCAUUCAUUGCUCGUUUCUCUCCGGCGCGCCUUCGAGAGCGCCUCACGGCGAUGGGUUGGACCAUCCCCGUGGGGUCCAUCCACAAGCCCCGGGCCAACGAACGCUUCGCGGUUGAGUACUUGAGUGCUCUUCCCAACGUCGGCCCGCGGCUCACCGAGCUCAUCGACGCGGGAGCCUACCCCAUGCGCCACGCGCUGUUCGGUAUCGAGCUGGUGCCAAACGCGCUGCCGGCUGCGGAUUUUAUCAAGGACGCCAUGGUGAAGGACGAGGUCUGGACGCAGGCUCAGGGUGAUAAGCCCCGCCUGACGUUCCAGUCGAAACACGGUACGCCGUCCUCACUGAUGGACCGCGUCACCGCCGCCGCCAUGGCCAAGGCGGCAGACAACAACGCCGUGCUUGUGUACAACCCAACACUUGCGCACCUUUGGCGUCCACCCGUCGUUCGCGGUGCCCCGUCCCGCUCGCACUUCGAGCCGGCCAUGGAUCUGCCGCCAGUGGACGUCGCCCUCGCCGUGAAGAUCCACCUCGACUCGUUCUGCCGCAUGGCCGGCAUGCUCGACGGCGCUGGCCGUCCUACCCCGGUCGAUGCCCCUCGCCGCCACGACCCCACGGGCGCGGCUGACCGCGUGGCCGCCCACGGCGCCAUCAACGACGGCGAGGAGGAGGAGGACGACGACAACGACCUCCGCGAGGACGGCGAGGAGCUGGAUGAUGGAGACGAGGACGCGAACGACGCCGCCGCCGCCCCCAACAACAUGAUGAUCACACUCGCGGCCACUUGCCUGUCGGUGGCCUCCAGUGAGCUGUACCGCGACGAGUGUUUGCUGGCCAUUUUUGGUCUCAUGUCGAUGCACCCCCGUGAGGUGUGGUGCAUCGACGCCGAGUUUCUCCCGUCGGCUGCCCUUUCCUUCCUUGACGAUGCGGAAAAGUUGAUCGCUGGUCUGACCAACAACCCCAACCUCGACACCGAGGUCAGGAAGCGCGUGCCCGCGGCCCGUGAAUACUUGGGACACUCGCCCGCGGUUCAUUCAGUCGUCGCCUUUGCUCGUGCAGCAAUUGUGCUGCACGGUCACCUCCGAGACGUGUACGCCGUGCGCCACGGCGCUCCUCCUUCUGGCGGUGUGCUCCCACGCCCCUCGGCUGAAGACCUUCUCCCUUCACGCUUCCCAGACGUGGAGGUGUACGAGGCAAUCAUGAACGAGGCCAUCAUGGUCCUCCCAAUUGAGCCGAACUGGGGCGUUGGAGUGGAGGUUGACUGA